UCCCACCUCCCGCGGAAAAGAUUCCAGCGACUCAAACGGAGACGACCCCAACUCGCAGUCGACUUUCUGCCUUGCAGCUCGCCACUCAUCCUACUCAUCCUUCUCAAUCUCUGCCGGCUGCGACUCGCGGGCAGCAGCGGCGGCAGCAACGGCGGCGGCGGGCACACCGAAGCGCGGACUUUCCCGUAGCCGUUCGCGAGCCAACGUGAGUCGGCCACCCGCCUCCUCCCCUCAGUCUCUUCGCUCCCCUUCGACCGGAUCUCCGCGAGCGAGCGGAUCCCACAGGUGUGUCGCGCUUCCAGGAAGCACACCUGGACCUGACCACGUGACUCGGCACCUGGGCGUAGAAGGAACAUUCUCCGCUAUCGCAAGUUUGGCAGAGCCCCCCCACCCCCCCGCGCCCCUCUUUUCCUCUCCUUCCGUGUCGCUGACGUUUUCGAUGCCCGGCGAAGAGCUUUGAACAGGAAUUAGUGCCUUUUUUUUCUGAGAAUCACACCACGGGGAGGAACAUGUGAAUUGACUUCUUUUUUUUCCCCCAAGCACAACAACCAGGGAGCUUCAUGUUAUUUGCGGACUUGUUUUUGACCGCUUUUGGCCAUUGAAGCUUCUUCCCUCCUUCUCCGAGAAACCCUUAAUGAAGCCGGGGGUCAGCGGCAGCGUCCAACUAAUUGGACCGAGUUUGCCCGGAGCUCUGGCUGCCGGUGAUUGAAGUGUCAAGUAGGCUUGGCCCGACGUCAGCCUCUCCCUGAAUUUUUAUCGAGAGGGUAAACCUAACGCAGAGAGAAUACGGAGCGUUGCAGCAGAGUGGAGACUGUGGAGUUCGAUACUGUUUCAUUCAGAACGGAGGCACAACAUCUGGGGUCCAGAUUCACUCACUUAUUGCUGCUGUGCCUCUGCCUUCUUAAAUGACGCCACACUAGGAUUUUGGUCGCUUAUAAAGUGUCUGAGAUGGCAAGCUGGGUCUCCCUCCUCCUCUUCCUCGCCUGGCAGUCGACAUCCGCCUCCCAGGAGGGUUUCCUCGAGUUCACCUCGGACACGCCUAUCAACAACGUCGUGCAGGACCCGCGUACGGGCCGCGUGUAUGCGGGGGCCAUCAAUGCCGUCUACCAACUAAGUUCGUCACUGCGGCCGGAGGCCCUGGCAGUGACGGGCCCUCGGAAUGACGCCAGGACGUGCACGCCGCCCGCCUCGGCCUGCCAGGACACCAAGCUCAUGGCCAACCUCAACAAACUGCUGCUGGUUCACCCGUCUAACGGCUCGCUCAUCGUGUGCGGCAGCCGCUACCGGGGUAUCUGCUCACUGCUCAACCUGUCCAACGUGGAGCAGGAGCUCUACUACAGCGACAACAAGGGAGAGAGGACUUAUGUGGCCAGCAUCGAGGACAACGUCAACGUGGUGGGCGUCAUGUCCACCUUCACCAAGGAGCAGCACAAGUUCGACGUGUUUCUGGUGGGCAAAGGCUACGGGAGCCUCGACAGCACCAAGAUCAUCACCACGCGCAUUCUGCAGGAUUUCCGCGAAUGGGUGGUGUUCGAGAGCAUCAUCGAGGCCUCCACUAUACAGACUAUGCCCUUCGGGCCCAGGUACCUGCACGACUUCAGGCACGCAUUCGCCGCCGACGGCUUCGUUUACUUCGUCUUCUCCAGAACGCUGGACGGUACCGACAACAAAAACGUGACCUUUGUGUCGCGCCUGUGUGAGAACGACCACCAUUUGUAUUCCCACACGGAGUUGCAGCUCAAGUGCGGUCAGGAUAACCAGUACAGCAAAGUGCAGGCGGCCUACGUGGCCACGCCGGGAAAGGAGCUGAGUCGGGUCAUGACAGAAUGGGGCACGUACGGGAAGGUCCAGCCCUGGAAUAAAGUUCUCUUCAUGGUGGCCAGCUCGGAAGGUGACCACAGUGACUCGGCUCUGUGCAUGUACACUCUCAACGCCAUCAACGAGCGUCUGGUUGACAUCAUCACGGCCUGCUACAGCGACUUGGGGAAGAUUUCGGGGUUCCCCGCCGUUGACAUUCCGUACUCGUCAAAGACGGCGGAAUUCUGCACCUCCAAAAUUGCGAAGGACACGUUAGAACAGUACAAAUGCGGCGGAGAUUUCCUGCCGACGCCUCUUGCCAGUAAGCCCCGAUUCGCCUUGAAAUCCAACGCGGUGCUGACCAAGCCGGGCCUUCUCACUGCGGUCGCCAUCGCUGUGGAGAACGAUCACACCGUUGCCUUUUUGGGCAACAACCAGGGAGAAGUCUUCAAGGUUCACUUGACGUCCACGUCGUACGUGUACGGCAAGGCCCCUGGUGACACUUUGGGGGAGAAGGUGAACAAGAACCUUUUCUUCGACAUGGAACACAGUCACCUCUACAUCACCACAGACAAAAAGAUCACCAAGGUGCCCGUGGAGACGUGCCUUCAGAAGAAGGACUGCCAUUCCUGCGUCAAUAUGAGGGACCCGUAUUGUGGCUGGUGUGUGCUGCAGGGCAGGUGUACCAGGAGGUCGGAUUGCCGACGGGCAGAGGAGAAGAAUGGCUGGCUGUGGAGCCCGAGGCAGCAAUGUGUCAAGAUCGUCUCCUUCUACCCUCCCAACCUCUCCUGCAAAAAGAGCCAGAAGGUGAAGAUCAAUAUUCCUUCAUUGCCCACCAUCGGCCCCUCAGACCGCCUGCAAUGCUCCUUCAAGUCGAUCCAAAGCGACGCCGUCAUGUCUGACUCUGGUCAGGUCUCGUGCGAUCUACCCCACCCUUCGCACAUCCCGCACACCACCGAUCACCAAGACUUUGUGGCUGUGCCGGUGAAGAUCUUCGUCAACGAGACGGUGGCGUUGGCGACCCGAGACUACCAGUUCUACAACUGUGCGGCCACCGUCAUGAAGUCGGAGAACACGCCUUGUAUGUCGUGCGUGGCCAGUUCGUGGGGCUGCCAGUGGAACACACACGACCACACCUGCAGCGACCUGGACGACAGCGCACCCCCGGCCCCUCACGUCAUCAAACACCGACAGGGAGCGAGGUGUCCACAGUUUGAGAAUCCCGACCCCAUGCUGAUCCCGGUGGGCUACAAGAAGUCAAUCAGCUUCGAGGGCAUCAAUCUGGACCUUUACCAGGGUCGCGUUUUCACCAUCGGCACGGAGCUCAUGAAGAACGUGGAGGAGGAGGUCAACUUUGAGGACGGACCUUUCUACAUCUUCAGUGGAUUCAAUUUUUCCUAUGACAAGUCACCGGAGACCAAUGUUGUUCUUUACGUCAAGGACAAGGAGCUGGACAAGAAGAUGGACAGCACCCUUAACGUCACACUGUACAACUGCUCAGUGGGACGAGAGGACUGCAGUCUGUGUAAGAACGCCGACCUCAAGUACAGAUGCGUGUGGUGCGCCAAGCAUAGGGCGUGUGUGUACGAGCAGCUCUGCGCCGCCGACCAGAACAACGCCAAGGACCCCCACGACGCCGAGUGCCCCGCACCCCAGAUCACCGACAUCAUCCCUCGCUUCGGCCCCCUGCAAGGCGGCAUCGCCAUCACCAUUCGCGGCUCCAACCUGGGAAUCCGCAAGGAAGACAUAGAACGCAUCACGGUGGUCGGGGAGCCCUGCGAUCACAAGCUGGACAAAUACUCCGUCUCCACCAGUGUGGUGUGCGAGAUCGGCCCCGUGGCCUCUCACAAGCAAUUCUCGGGCCAGGUGGACGUGGAGGUGAAAGGCGGAAAGAAAGGAACCUCCUCCAUGUUCUUCACUUACAGGAACCCCAUCCCCGAGGCGGUGACGCCCAGUCGCGGGCCCAAAGCCGGAGGCACCCUCAUUACAAUUAAAGGACGCUUUCUGGACACGGGCAGUAAGGAAGACAUCCAGGUUACCAUCGGAGAUGUGGGCUGUGCUGUGGAGCACUUUGGAGACAAUAUCACCUGCAGAACGGGGAAGUAUCUGGCUGAUAAGGUGCCCUCUGACCCGCUCGCUGUCACAGUAAAGUACGGGAGGAUUGCCGUGACACACAUCCACAGUGCCUUCCAGUUCUUGGAAAACCCCACCGUCCUGGAAUGCCAGCCCAAAGCCAGCUUUGUCUGCGGCGGGAGAAACAUUGUGGUGACUGGCUCGGGUUUCGACAUCAUCCAGAGAGCCGUCAUGAUGGUCCAGGGAGAAGACAACUUGACAUCAUUUGAGGUUGCUCACGAGAAGAACGACACGGUCAUCCAGUUCCGCUCGCCGCCGGUCAACGACUCGCUGAGUCGGGUUACCAGGACGUACAUCAAGCUGGACAACUGGGAGAAAGACCUGAGGAACUUCGACUACCACCCGGACCCCGUCUUUUAUGAGCUGCCGAAGAAAGUUUUCACGGAAGCCAGCAUCAUCAUUGUCCCUGGUCGAGGCUUUUCCAAAGCCAUGACAGCUAAAGAGGCUCAGGCCUUUGUGGGCGACGUUCCCUGUCUGGUCAACACUCUCCAGGACGACAAGCUGUUCCUGGACCCGCCCUCCACCAAGCCUCGCGCACCGCCGCGACACUCGGCCCGAGCUCGGCCCGAGCUGCUGGAUCUGAUGAUCAAGUUUGGCAAAGGAGAGUGGGUGGUGGGCUCGGUGCAGUACGAGACAAAGAACGAUUUGUCGCUCUACAUCAUCAUCCCCGCCGUCAUUGUGCCCAUGCUGCUCAUCAUUGCCAUCUCCGUCUAUUGCUACAGGAGGAAGAGUCAACAGGCCGAGAGGGAGUACGAGAAGGUAAAGCACCAGCUGGAGAACUUGGAGGAGAGUGUGCGAGACCGCUGCAAGAAAGAAUUCACGGACCUGAUGAUCGAAAUGGAGGACCACACCAACGACCUGAGCGAGGGUCGCAUCCCCUUCCUGGACUACAAGACCUACACAGACCGCGUCUUCUUCUUGCCCUCCAAAGACGGCGCCAAUGACGUGAUGAUCACCGGCAAGCUGGACAUCCCGGAGGCUCGGCGGGCCACCGUGACGCAGGCGCUCAACCAGUUCUCCAACCUCCUCAACUCCAAGACCUUCCUAAUCAACUUUAUCCGCACACUGGAGCGCAGUCAUGACUUCAACGCGAGGGCCAAGGUGUAUUUUGCUUCCCUGCUGACGGUGGCGCUACAUGGCAAGCUGGAGUACUACACGGACAUCAUGCGAACGCUGUUGCUGGAGCUCAUGGAGGAAUACGUGCACAGCAAAAACCCGAAACUCAUGCUGCGACGAUCCGAGACAGUGGUAGAAAGGAUGCUGUGCAAUUGGAUGUCCAUCUGCCUUUACCAGUUCCUAAAGGACUCGGCAGGCGAGCCUUUGUACAAACUCUUCCGGGCUAUCAAGCACCAGAUCGAGAAAGGACCCGUCGACGCCCGAUUGAAGAAAGCCAAGUACACACUCAACGACACGGGUCUGCUGGGCGAUGAUGUGGAGUAUUCUGUGCUGACAUUGCAAGUGCUGGUGCACGGCGAGGGCCCCGAUGUGACGCCCGUCAAGGUUCUGAGCUGCGACACCAUAUCGCAGGUGAAGGAGAAAAUCAUCGAGCAGGUGUACAGGAACCUGCCGUACUCGGCACGGCCCAAGGUGGACAGCGUCACGCUGGAGUGGCGCCCGGGCUCCACGGGACAAAUUCUGUCCGAUCUGGAUUUAACGUCCCAGAAAGAGGGUCGAUGGAAACGCGUCAACACGCUGGCUCACUACAACGUCCGCGACAACGCCACCUUAGUCCUGUCUCGAGUGCUCCAUACUCAGCAGAACUACGACCAGAACCAGGAAAACCACGAGGAGCGGAACGCUCUGCUGGAAGACGACAAGGUGUUUCACCUUGUGAGGCCCACUGAUGAACUAGAUGAGAUCAAGUCCAAGCGGGGCAGCAUUAAGGACAAGUCCAUGACCAAAGCCAUCACCGAGAUUUAUCUCACUCGACUGCUUUCUGUCAAGGGAACGUUGCAGCAGUUUGUGGACGAUUUCUUCCGCAGUGUGCUGUGCAGUGGGGCGGUGGUGCCGCCAGCGGUCAAAUACUUUUUUGACUUCUUGGACGAGCAGGCGCAAAAGCACAACAACGUGGACGAUGAGACCAUCCAUAUCUGGAAGACCAACAGCCUGCCUCUGCGCUUCUGGGUGAACAUCCUCAAGAACCCCCACUUCAUCUUCGACGUCCACGUGUCGGAAGUGGUGGACGCCUCGCUCUCCGUUAUCGCACAGACCUUCAUGGACGCCUGCACCAAGACCGAGCACAAACUCAGUCGGGACUCCCCGAGUAACAAACUUCUCUAUGCAAAGGAGAUCUCGACCUACAAGAAGAUGGUGGAUGAUUAUUACAAGGGCAUCAGACAGAUGGUCCCCGUCAGCGACCAGGACAUGAACACUCAUCUGGCAGAGGUCUCGCGGUCUCACACAGACAAGCUGAACACACAAGUGGCUCUCCAUCAGCUGUACCGGUACGCCAGCAAGUACUACGACGGGAUCAUCUCCUCCCUGGACGAGGACCCGGCGGCGCAGAGUAAGCAGCUGACCCUGCGGCUCCAGCAGAUUGCAGCCGCCCUGGAAAACAAAGUGACUGAUCUCUAACGCGCAGACGGAGACGGGCGGGAUAAUCGGUGGGAUCCUGCCAGUGACUACAGGGGCUUAUUUCUUCUUGUUUUGCGCUUGAUAAAUCACAGCGAGACAGGAGUGGCGUACGUUACUGCCCUGGGACGAUAUUCUAAUAAUAAUAAUAAUGUUCUCCUGUGUGGCGUAUCAUUGAAAUGCAUACGGAGAGCAAAGAGAGUUGAUGAUGUGUUACACUGUCAAAAAAAAAAAAAAAAAAGGUACGCCUUAAAGCUCACUUGCCAAACCUCGAGCACGCAUCUCGGGAAGCGUCGAAAGAGAGGGAAGGAAAGAAGUAAGCCCCUGUGGCAGGAGAUAAUCAGAUGUUCAAUUUCUUUUCCUUCUGAGAAUCGUAUGAUCUAUUUUUUCUAUUUCUUUAUCGUCUUUCAAAAAAGCUUUAUAAUGGAACACACACACACACAGAAAAAAAAAGUACUUUUUAAAUGGAUCAACUGGUGGUGCAGAUAGUGUUUUUAUGAUUCCACGUGGUUGGAGAGUGGCUGAUUUUAAUGUGUGUGCGUGUGUGUGUACACGGAAUGCCUAAAGUCGAGCGUGAGGGCCGAGAGGUGCCCGCUUCCUGUCAGUGGAGCCACUCACUCCCUACCCCCCCCCCCCCCACACACACACCCCCCGUCUCCCCCACUUGACAGAAGCCUGCACCCCCCACUUUGACUGAGACCAAAGGGUCCUCACACAAGGACAAUGUACAGGCUGGCAUGACUGACGGCUCAACAGUAUAUAUCUAUUUUUAACGUCGAUUAUUUUUCAAGCCGUGCGUGCUUUGUGGAAGCCACUAACAGCACAGUCUGUCUCCCUUUAGUGAUCAGUGCCAUGGUACAUUCCACUUCAAAAACAAAGCACAGAAGAACAUUUCACGUCUUUUUGUUGCCUCCCCCACUUCUUCAUAUUUUGGUUCAGUUUUGUUUUUGUUUGUUUUUGCUGCUAUCUUUGUGUUUUCGUUCAAUGAGCUACCGUCAGAUCACAUCAGCUUGCAAAUCUCACCAGAAUUUAGUCAGGUGUUAAUAUGGAGGGGGGG